AUGAAUCUUGAUCGAAGUGUGACAGAUGAUGUUGAAAGUAACGCGCCGGCUCCCGCACAAGGGAUCGCGCAUGAAGAAAGUAGACAUGAGACACAUAGUCAGGAUGAGGCUCGGCAAGCUUUCCUUCGAAUGAUGAGUAAUUGGUAUGCUGAAUUUCUUCGUCCAAAUCCGAAUGUUCAACCCCCUCCACCCCCUCCUAUUCCUGAACCGAUUCCCGCAGCUCCACAAAAUGUUGACUUGAAGGCAGAGUUUUGGCUUGAAAAUUCCAUUCGGGUAUUUGAUGAAUUGUCUUGUACUCCCGAAGAAUGUUUAAAGUGUGCAAUAUCUUUGUUAAAAAAUUCAGCGUAUCGUUGUUGGAAAACAUUGGUAUCUGUGGUUCCGAAAGAAAGGGUUACGUGGGAAUUCUUCCAGGAUGAAUUCAGAAAAAAAUACAUAAGCCAACGGUUCAUCGACCAAAAACGCAAGGAAUUUCUCGAGUUGAAGCAGGGCCGAAUGUCUGUGGCUGAGUAUGAAAGAGAGUUUGUUAGAUUUAGUAAACAAGAAUGUGUACCCACCGAAGCUGCUAUGUGUAAAAGGUUUGAAGAUGGUUUAAAUGAAGACAUUAGAAUAUUUGUUGGGAUGUUGGAACUGAAGGAAUUUGUAGUAUUGGUUGAUCGAGCUUGUAAGGCUGAAGAAUUGAAUAAAGAAAAGAGAAAAGCUGCAAUGGAGGCUCGAGAUACAAGGAAGCGGCCUAUGAGUAAACCAUUUGAAACUCAGUCAAAGAAGUCUAAAGAGAUGAAUCCUAGAGUGACUACUUCAACUGGAUAUCCACGUCGAGACCAGGGAAAAUUGUAUUUGGGUUCCGAAGCUUACGCUACAUCGGUAUCAAGUGUGGGUAGUAUGAAGCCUAGUAGACUAGAGUGUCAGCAUUGUGGAAGACAACAUCCUGGUGAAUGCUGGUUAAUUAGCCGGGCUUGUUUCAAGUGUGGUUCUCGACAACAUUAUAUUAAAGAUUGCCCUGAGAAAAUUAAAGAAGAAAAAUUUUAG